AUGGUGCCUAAAGGCCGCUCGUCGGCCUCAAUGGUCGUGCUCGCGGCUGCAAUGCUCGACACAGCAUCAGCGUUCCCGGCGCAUCUCCUGAGGCCGAGGGCACCAACAGCUCCCUUUGCCCCGAUUGACCCUCAAAACUGGAUCAAUCCGGACAACAUGACGUGGGACGACUUUGUUGCACCACCAAGCACGUCCUGGAGCGACCCUGCACGCAAAGGACGGGAGCGCAACUUCAACAUCGCCAUGGUCACCGUCGACUACCCUGAUUCUCCAUUCGUCGUCACUUUGGCGCCCAACUCUGAUAUCUUCGGCAACCCACAACCACUCGCCGCUGGCUUAGCACGAGAGGACGUCCCUAAAUUCUACCACGAGUUGUUGAACGUACCGAACGACCUCAAUGAAGGUCACACUCUCCAUGAGUACUGGAUGGGCGAUUCUUUCGGCAAGUACGGCGUUGACUUGACCGUCUUCGGCCCCUACCGCAUGCCCGCAAAGAGCUAUCAGUACGGUGUUGACGAUGAGGACGGUGGCUUUAACGGGGAUGCCUGCCCGGAAGGCCCACCAUGUUCCGUUGAUCUUCGAACAGACGCUCUCGGCGCGUGGCGUCGGGACGUAGGCAAUGCAACAGCUGAUGCAUUCGAGUUGGCGUUCAUCUUGUCUGCUGGACAGGACGAGUCUUCGACGUGGCAAGAGUUCGGAGAGAUGAAGUUCCUGAGCAAGGAGGACGUCCCAGAGGAGUUCGGACCUCCAGCAAACAGCUCGCUCCCCAACUACGCCAACACUCGCUAUGUCAACUGGACUUCUUGGGCUGCAGCCUCCACUAUUUGGCCCAACGCUGGCGGCGGUUCGUCUACUCAGGGUGAAUCGAGUGGUACGGCCACCUUCGCUCACGAGCUCUCUCACCUUCUCGGCAUUGGCGACAACUACAACAACCCCUACAGUGUCCCUCCUCGCCGCGCCUACACUGGACCAUUCAGCAUGCUCGACCGCGGCUCCUUCAAUGGCCCCGGAGGUCCUCACUCCCGCUGGCAAAUCCCUCCGGUCCAAGGCGGAUCCAUGGGCUCCCUCCACACCAUGCGCGACAAGCACCAAAUCGGACUGAUCGACAACACUCCCAUCCUCCAAAUAUCUCGCUCCGGACUUGCCACUUCCGGUCCUGUUAUCGCUGAGAUUACCGCACGCUCCGUCGACCCCGGCGCCGGCCUAAUGGGCUUCAACAUCACCUUCGGCAGCACUGGCGACUUGGCACCAGCGUGCAACAUAUCCACCGACGCGCUGUGCGACGGCCGCGGCUACAACAACUACAACCUCGAAGUCGUCGACCGCAUGGGCGCCGACUCGUUCUGCCCCGACUCGGGCGUCAUGAUCAGCAAGACCAAGAACAGCGACCGCACGCAGCCGUUCCAGUGGGUCAUCGACGCCAACCCGCAGGAUGCGCACGUGGUGGACUUUUACCUGCCGAAUGGCACCGCACGGUACUGGAGUAUCGGCGAUUACAGACAGUUGGUUGAUGCGCUGUUUCAUGCUGGGACAGGGUCGGGGAGUGAGUACGAGUUUGUGGAUGAGGCGAACGGGUUGCAUUUCUAUGUUUUGGAUAUCGACCGUGACGAGGCUGGUGUUUUGCACUACACGGUUGGCGUGCGGUCGACGAACGAGACUUCAACCGCGAAGCACCAUGUCAAGCUGCGCCAGGGCGUUGUUUCUGGGAACUCGUCGUCUGAGGGCUUGUACUGCACGUUCCAGCUCGACAACACCGGCAAGGCGGGCACGAACACUACGAGCGUGCAUCCGCAGGAUCUUUCUGCCUAUCUGGGGUCUGAUAUUUUCAGGCUGGAUGCUAAGGUCGAGGGCAAGGGGUGGGAAGUCGGCGUCCCGAAUGCGCUGGCGUAUGCCAAGUUUGGUGAGAGCACGGAGGUCAAGGUCGCUGUGCGGAGCGGGUAUGGUGCUGUUGAUAAGGCGACUGUCAAGUUGACUGUGACGAGUGAGAGUGACCCGAAGGCAAAGGCGCAGAAGAGCUGUAAGGUGCAGGUCUAG